AAUAAUGAUUUUUUACGCAGAUAACAGGUAGUUACAUAAGUGAUACACUUAUUUUUUGGCUUCUAUUAAUCAAAUUACUUAUUUGAAUAACUUAAAAUAAUAAUUUAUAUUAUUUCUCGGUAAUGUGCUCGUCAUGCUGAAAAUUAGAAGCUCAAAUAAACCUUUUAAACUAGUACAUAGCCGCGUCGCAAUAUAAAUAGAAAAAGCGAUAAUAUCUAUCCAGACGGAAUCUUAUAGAAGAUACAACCGCUUAGAAAACAAAAGAACUCGUUACUAUGCGAUCCUAAACUGAACUAUGCAAGCAAAAUAUUUUAGGUUAAUAAUUGUAAUGAUUGAUUAGUAAAUAAGUAGUAGUUAGUAGAGGAUUAGUAUACAAAUAACAAAAUGAUAGACCAAUUAGUAAAAUGUGGACAGCUUUGUCGCAAUAAAUCCCUCAUCCCUUCUCAAUUCCUAUUCUAAUUAAGGGUCCGCAACGAGAACAUUAUCCUUUAACGCAAUGGAUUAAGGUUACCAUUUGCGAUUAGGAGAAACGCCUGCUCGUAACAAUAUUUCGUAGUAUACCAGCAAAACAACAAAUGAAUAAUUUGGUGUUAAGAGAUUGAAUGAAGAUCAUCAUCAUAAAACAUGCAGUACCAAAAAAGCAUGAAUGCGGAAAUAAAACAUGUAUGGAUCGAGGAAGGAAUUAUCUUUGAAUCUUCUGGAAUUUCAAAUACCAUGCGGUUACUUUUUAUAUAAGCUCUAAGCUAAGUAACUCCACUGCACCUGAUGGUGCACUCACCAUAUCUCUCCAAGCCGUGUCGCCCCAAGACAUACAGUAUUGAUAUUUUCUAAAAACAUCCCUUUUAUCUAUUGAGGAGAAGUCAUUUCCAUAAUGAAGUAGCAUCCAGAUAGACUGUCGACUGAUAAGAGAUCUCUCGCCUGUUGACACAAUUGCAGCUUUACACUAAUUGUAAUAAUUAUUUUAGAUCUAAACCAAUAACUUAACUUAAAUGCCACAUUACUGAGGGCUAAUUUUGCCAAUUACCAGAUAAAGUUAUUCGAGAAAAAUUUAACUUCAAUAAAGAAAUAAGGCUUUGUUGAUAAUGAUUAAAAAUGUUAAUAUGUUUUCUAUUAAAAGUAUAAAUUUCCUUCACAACAAGUGCGUAUUCCCACCUAAAAAGCCGACAACGCAUCACUAUGACUCUUGGUAUUGCAGAUGUUCAUGAGCGGUGGUAAUCACUUAUUAUCAGGUGAACCGUAUGCUCAUAUGCCCCAAUAAAAAAAAAUAUUCCAACAAUUGUCCCAAAAUAAUAUGAUAUGAUAUCAUAAACAUUUAUUUGAAAAGAGAAUAUAUUUGUGCAAAAGAAACUGUUUUUCAUUUACUACAAAAUUUGCUUUUGAAUAGCAAAUACUUCAGUAACUUGACAUUUCAUCAGAAACCACGUAUGUAUGUCACGUUUUACAAACAUAAUAUUUCAUAUAACUCAUUCAUGCGUGAACAUUUGUUUAGCUCAAAGGCUUAGUCGUAUUUCAAUAAAAUGACAACCACUUUCUAACGUAUUUUGUGAUACAAUGCUUAGCUUAUUGUCAAUUCAUAUUCUACAUUGUUUACGUAAAAAUCAGUGCUGAGAAGCAAUAUUUUUUCUCAAAUAUUGAAAUAUGUUCUUAGUAUUAUUUAAUUAUUUUCAAUAUUUCGACUGAUUAAUAGAUUUUUUAUCGAUAUUUGGAGCACAUCCAAUAACUUUCGUAAUCAAAUAAAAGCUUGUGUUAGUAUAAUUAUUAGUGAUUAAUUUUUUUGCGUGUUGAAAAAUAUUUCUGAAAUUAAAUGUAUAAAACUUAUUAUAAUUAUCAUUUUACCAACGAGACCAAAGGCGUUUUUCCUAGAUUUGGUACAUUUCAGUUUAACGACCAACGUGUUAAAUAAAUUAAUAUCUCUCCAAGCCGUGUCGCGCCCAUGACAUACAGUAUCGAUAUUUUCUAAGAACAUCCCUUUUAUCUAUUGAGCAGAAGUCAUUUCCAUAAUUAUUGUAGUACAAUUCUAUAUAAAGUAAGUUUUGAAGAAAUAGCAACACUUCUGAAAGAACAGGAAGUCAUUAGAGAUACGACCACGAUGACUACCAAGGCGAUCCUAACCUGCUUCAGUGUAAUACUAUUUGCUUCAGCAAUAGUGUUAGCUGAGGAAUCUUCUACUGAAAUCGCAGCCGCAUCGAAUAGCUCAGAAUCAGCCCCUGCUAAUGACUCCAGCCAUGCAGGCCCGCCGCAGUUUCCAGCAUUUGGCCCUGGUCACCCGCCAUCUCGUCACAAACGAUCCCCUGAGCAACAUCAACAAAAGGCUGCUCCUCGUCGAGCCGCGUGCAGCGUUGGUAGUCGAGGAUCUAAAUGCCGCAGUUGCAAUGAAGUGAUUCAGUGCCUACCAAGCGGCAGAGCCAUCAUCAGAAGAUGCUCAGGAGCGUCUCGUUACUGCAACCGCGGUCGUUGUUCCGCCACUCCUGGCGGUAAAUGCCGUACAACUACGACUUCGUCAUCAUCGUCUCCUGACACUAGUACUACUUCAACUUCCUCUACUAGUACAUCAAGUGAUAGUACUAGUUCUACAGCAUCUACUACAUCGACAGCCUCCUCAACUUCUUCAACUUCGUCAACUUCGUCAACUUCAACUACAACCGAAGCGGAGGACUAUACAGAAUAAUCAAUCGUAUUAAAAUCUGAUCAUUUAGAUAAAAUAUUUAUGAUUUUAUUGACCUGUAGUAGUAUAUUUAAUCUUAAUAGUGUAAUAAAAUAUAUCUUUGCUAUUCAGUCGGGUGUGCAUAAACGGUUGUUUUCAAUAAAGAAUCCCAAUCUUUAUCUUCGAUCUGAUUCCGAGAUUGAACUAAUAAAAUUAAUCAAGUAUGUCAAAAUACUUUUUUCUGAUUGGCCCAUUUUCUUUACCCAGUUUAUUGAAAAAGGUGGAAGGAUUUCAUUUUGCUUUAUACAUUGCCUUUUUAUGUAAUAUUAAAUUGAAUUUGCCGUUUACCAGCAAUUUUACUGACAUAAUUUUCAACCUAUUCUGGGAUACAAUUACUAAUGUUAUUACCAAAUUUAAUGAAUUCGAAGUCUCCUCAUAACAUUAUAUAACAUUUUCCAGAACAAUCAUAAAAAUAUAUGUAGAAUUUUAUUACCUUCAAAGUUUUAUAAAUUUGUGGUUUUGUGUGAUAAGUACAUAUAAAUAAAAAAAUAUAUUAUCAGAAAAAUGUUAAAAAGUUAUUACAAAGAAAAACUAUGUUUGUAACAUGAUUUCUAACCUUCAUAAUCAUUUUUUAUAAAUUAGAUUUAUUAAUAUAACAUUGAUAAUAAUCAUUUCAUUAAAAAUAAAUAUUGCGAUUAAUACUAUAUAUAUUUUUUUAUUGAAACAUAAUGCAAAUGUUUGGAGUCA